GAUAACCUCCUUGAUCUGUGUGUUUAUGAUGGCUGAACGUAACCUGAAAACUCAUGUCGCUCCUGGUAAUCUCAAUUGCUGCAAUUUAAAGUCUUUAUUAAGAGAAAACCCAAUCCAAAACCAUGGCAGAACAUAUUUCCGGUAUGGAUCUGUACUUUUUCGGCAUAAGUGCUUCCAACCGGGAUAACAUUAUUGAGAAUGUAAAGAGAUUCGGGUCACAUAUUGAACGCAACGGUAUCUUGUACCCCUGGCAUCAAAUCGAAAAAGAUCACUAUUUCACCGUAGAUUUUAAGACUGCUCUGGAUGACAAUCUUCUGAUGAUUGCUUGGUCGUCUUUUCGUGAGGACCUUAUAGCUAAUACAGAGUUUACAUUGAAUUGCAUGGGACUGGCCAUGUAUCAGUACAUUUCCAGGCUUUAUAAAGCCUGUACCCAAAACACAGAAAUAGGAAAAACACUUCCAGUGAUCAGGGCUCGAAUUUUAAAUCAUGAACCAUUGCUGCCGAUGAAGGACAUUAAUGUGAGCUCAUUCGGAAAACUUGUCUCAUUGCGAGGCACCGUGGUCAAGGCAGGCCCCGUGAAAAUCGUUUGUACCCACAUGGCAUUUCAAUGUCCAGGCUGCGGGUCUGUUCAGGUCGAGAAACAAAUUAAUGGAACGUAUAUUCCUCUGCAAAAGUGUACCAAAUGCGGUGCCAAACAGAAUGUAGAACCUUUAUAUAAUUCGCCAUUGAGUAAAACAGUCGAGUCACAGAACAUUGUACUGCAGGAAAUUGAUUGCGACGUGGCGCGAGUGCCUCAAACCAUCGAGUGCGAAUUAACCGAAGACCUAGUGAAAUGCUGUUUGCCAGGAGAUGUAGCCACGAUUUCCGGUGUCAUAAAGGUUCUAGAUCCCAACGAUAACAAAAGGAAAAACAAGCAAAACUCCAUUUUCAAUUUGUAUCUGCACACCGUGGCUGUUUACAACAACAGCAAUGGAAAAAGUUGCAGUACUACUAGCUCGCACCAGAGAAUUAGCUUUACCCAUGAUGACUACUUGGCCAUUAAGGAAAUCCAUGGCCAGCCACAGCUUUUCCGUUAUCUCGUCCAAUCGCUUUGUCCGUUGAUUUAUGGGCACGAAAUCGUUAAAGCUGGCUUGCUUUUGGGACUAUUUCGAGGCACUAAAGGGGACUGUAUACGUUCUGAAUCCCAUGUUCUGAUGGUAGGGGAUCCGGGGCUGGGAAAAAGCCAGAUGUUGAAAAGUUGCGCCAACGUCUCACCCAGAGGUGUUUACGUGUGUGGAAAUGUUAGUACUACUUCAGGAUUAACUGUGACAAUGACUCGCGAAUCUGGAGGAGAACAUUCCCUAGAAGCGGGAGCGUUAAUGAUCGCAGAUCAAGGAUGCUGCUGCAUCGAUGAGUUCGAUAAAUUGCCUGCGCAACAUGCUUGCCUUCUAGAGGCGAUGGAACAGCAAUGCAUUAGUAUAGCCAAAGCGGGCGUUGUCUGUUCACUCCCCACUAAACCCACCAUUUUGGUUGCUGCCAAUCCGUCAGGGGGACACUAUGAUCAGGGAAAGACACUCGAACAAAAUCUUAAGCUGAGUUCACCUUUGCUGUCUAGAUUCGACCUAAUAUUUCUUUUGCUGGACCGACCGAAUCAGAACAUUGAUAAAUACUUAUCCAAACACAUACUGACCUCACAUUCGUCCACAAGCAAACAUGAAACUCUUCAGGAGUAUCGAGAACAGACUACAAACGAUUUCAGUCAAUCCAAACAGAAAUUGAGUGAGCGCUUAAAGUUGAAUGGGGAGACACUGAACUAUUUAUCGCACAAGACUUUUCGAAAAUAUAUUGCUUAUGCACAAAAGUACGUGGAACCGCGCUUAUCGCAGGAAGCUAAAUAUGUUUUGACCGAGUUCUAUGUGACUCUUAGGAAGCAAUUUGCCACUGGAGAUUGUACUCCUGUUACAGCAAGGCAGCUGUAUUCUUUAAUUCGGCUCACUGAGGCCAGAGCUAAAGCGGAAUUGCGCGAAGAAGCAACCAUUGACGACGCCAAAGACGUGAUUGAAAUUGUUCAGCAUAGCGUUACGGAUGUCUUCACAAACGAGGCUGGUGUUCUCGACACCACUCGCUCGGAAAUGGGUACCAGGAUGAGUUACAAGAAGCAGGUCAUGAAGUUAGUAGAAAUACUACAAAAAAAGUCACAGAGGGAGUCGACUUCUUUGUUCACGAUCCAACAGAUCCGAGAAGAAGCUCAACGGGAGUGUAUUUUAAAAGACAAAUUUUCCGAUGCACUACACUCAUUAAAUGUUCAAGGUUAUCUGUUGUGUAAAGGCAAAAAUUCCUACCAACUGAACUCUGCUUAUUUGUAAAUGGUGACUAGAAAGUUUCUAUGGACAAUUUUCUUUGUGUUUGGGCCAGUCUGCGACUUGGCAAGCUCUCGAGCAAUACCACGCUGUUUUGCAUCUAGAACAGCGUUGAAUUGCGCUGUUACCACAUUGCUUGCAACUUGCGGCAUCCUUGACAUCAAACUGCUCCAAAAGAUCCGUAUUGUACGCAUCAGUUAAUCUAAACAGUUAAUAUAUUAGUUGUGUUUGAAAUUUU